GAUGUGGAUUACCUUUGGGUUGGGCCUUGAAAAUGGGUAGGAGUUUGCCAGCCAGAAAAGAAGACAAUAAGGUGUGCAAGGCUGGGGGCUCCGGAAGAGCAUGCAGAGCUGUGGGAACAGCACAGCACUUAGUGCAGGAGUGAGGUGGGGCUGAAAAGGUAGUGCCUGCCUGCAUCCCUGGGAAUCUGAGGCUGAGCAAGGAGUCUGGCCAUUACCUGUGGACCAAGAGCAAUGGGUGGCUUCACAGCAGGUGCAGGACGGGCACAGAGCUGUCACUUAGAGAAUCAGCACCAUCGGAUAGGAAGUUAUUGGUGGGGUCCUGCUGACUCAUGAGGGUUUGACAGUGGGGGUGCAGAGGAGGAGCUGGGUGCAGGAGAAGCGUCUGAGGAAACGCUGGUAGUGAGCGGGGUAUGGUGAAGGAGUCACCACGACUGAUCUGGUUGACUAGGAGAGCCAACACACCGACUUAAAGUGUCCUUUGCUGGUGCCCUCCAGCCUCCUGGGACCUUGAGGGGUGCAGAAUGCAGCCCACAGUAGGGUCUGCUCACCUGCGAAUUCUCUGGUCGGCGGCGGUGCGGUGGAUGUCGUCACUCAGCCGGUCCUGCAGGGGGCGCUGUGGAGACGACCUGGCGGCUGGGCAUGCGCUGAGCGGCACCGGGCAGGGGGCGGUGCCACCCGAACGCGGAAGCGGAGCAGUUCACGUGGGGGCUGGGGCGGGCGGCCGGGUUCUGGGCAGUCUUGGAACUGGGAGUCCCAGCUUUUGUCUCCAGUAUCCGAGCGUACGGCCUAGGGGCGGCUGUCGGGUCCCCUUCACCCGCGCUGGGGGCCUGGGAGCGGGCCGCGGUGGGUGGGGUGGGGUGACAGCUCCCAAGGACUCAGCCGGGGCUUCUAUCAUGGCACUGCUGGCGGCCUUCGGGGGCGCGACCUGGCGUUGCUGCGGCCGCCUCCUCAAACGUCCUUUCUCCCAAGCGGCGCGCCGUGGAGAGCGGCCUGGCGGGGAGGAGCUAAGCCGCUUGCUCCUGGAUGACCUGCCGCCGACCCAGCGGUCGGCCGGGCGGUCGGCCGGCGGUCUGGAGCUUCUGUUUGGCCUGUCCCCUUGUCUCCUGGCUCUGCGGGCCUCCCGCCGUCGCGUGGCCCGGCUCCUGCUCCAGGCCGGCAGGUCCGGGCUGCAGGGGGAGCGGGCCGAGCUGCUCCGCACGGCUGAGACGCGGGACAUCCCAGUUGUGCGGCCCAGACGGCAGCAGCUGGACGUCCUGUGCCGCUACCAGGUCCACCAGGGCGUCUGCAUGGAAGUGAGCCCCCUGUGGCCCCGGCCCUGGGCUGAGGCCGGGGAGGCGGGGCCAGGAGACAACUCCCAGCAGCUGUGGCUCGUCCUCGAGGGGCUCCAGGAUCCCCGAAAUCUUGGGGCCAUUCUGCGCUCCGCUCACUUCCUCGGGGUGGAUAAGGUCAUCACCAGCCAGAGAAACAGUUGCCCGCUAACUCCAGUAGUCAGCAAGGCCAGCGCCGGGGCCAUGGAGGUGAUGGACGUGUUCUCCACUGAUGACCUGGCCGGUUUUUUACAGGCCAAAGCCCAGCAGGGCUGGCUCGUGGCUGGCACGGUGGGCUGCCCGAGGUGUGAGAUUUCCCCGUCCUCCGAGAUGCCUGUCACCAGUUGCUUGGAGUUCCUCUGGGACCGGCCUACUCUCCUAGUGCUGGGGAACGAGGGCUCUGGUCUGUCCCCAGAGGUGCAGGCUUCCUGCCAGCUUCUCCUUACCAUCCUGCCCGGCCGGCAGCUGCCUCGUGGACUCGAGUCCUUAAAUGUCUCCGUGGCUGCAGGAAUUCUUCUUCACUCUAUCUGCAGCCAGAGGAAGGGUGUCCCUGCAGAGGGAGAGAGAAAGCAACUUCUCCAAGACCCCCAAGAGCCCUCAGCCUCAUCUGCAGGGCCCAGAGUGGCUCAGCACCCAGGACGGUCCUCAGGCUCAGAAAAGGAGAGGCAGGACGGGGGUUGACUGGGGCUUUCCGAGGCACGUGUCCUGGAGGGCACACACAUCCAUACGCUGGACUGUGCCGGAGACUCUUACCUUCUUGCCUGAGUGUGUACCCAGGCCCCUGCUUAUAAACCACUGUUUUGGGAGGCCUGGAGCUUUGUGGUGGAGACCAGAGGAAGUUGUUUCCUGUUUGGGUUUUGGACUUGCAGUGUCUAGGCUGUGCUGGGACAGAGGGUCUCUUUCUUCCCAGACCCUGCCUGGGAAGUGUAGACAUCGGAAGGGAUCGGGCAGCCCAGUCCAGGGGUCCCAGUCCUCUGGGACCAGUGUGACAGUGUAGAGGGAGGCCUGAGCCCUCUUGUGGGCCAGACAGGUGCAAAUCCAGGCUCAAACCCUGCCCCACUGGGGCUUUGAGCACAGGGCUCCAUCUUGUGUCUCCGGGGCCCUUGUCUGCACCUCCCUCAGCGCUGUUGUAAGAAUCAAAUAAAACAUCACCUGGUAUCCAG